AUGGUUGGAAAGAACAAAUGCUAUGUUGUCUACAGAGGAAGGAAUGCUGGGAUUUACAAAGACUGGAUUGACUGCCAGGAACAGGUUGUUCGUUUUAGUGGAUGUGCGUAUGAAGGUUUCAACAAUUUCGAGGAAGCAGAAGCUGCGUGGUUAAAGUUUUCAUCUGCUGCAAAUAGAGAAGACGACUUCGAGCCAAUGGAACCACCGCCGGUGGUAGGACUGCCAGAGGCUGAAGCGUGGAUUGCAGGUGGGGGUCCAAGUUCAAGUAACAACAUCCCUUUCGCAGCUCUUUCAUUGAAUGAUGAAAGCAUGAAUGACGAGUUUGAUGUCUGGGAUGAGGUGGAUGUCACGGGCCCAGAAGACUAUGUUGUUCAAUUUAGCCUUGAAGCUUUGCUUGUAAACGUUUGUUAG